AUGUCUGUGUUCGGCGUCGAUUUUGGCAACCUCAAUUCCACGGUGGCCAUCACCCGCCACGGCGGCGUGGACAUCGUGACGAACGAGGUCAGCAAACGUGAGACGACCACGAUUGUUUCUUUCCUUGACGAGGAGCGGUUUAUUGGCGAGCAGGGGCUGGACCGCUACGUCCGCAAUGCUCACAACACCGUCUUCUUGUUGAAGCGCUUCAUUGGCAUGCGGAUGAACGAUCCUCAGCUUGACGUGGAGCGCAAGUUCCUUACAUGCAACAUCACCGGCGACAGCAAUGGACGACUUAUGUUCAGUGUGAACUACUGCGGAGAAGAGAAGUGCUUCUACCCAGAGCAGGUGCUGGCUAUGAUGCUGCAGCGGCUGCGCACCUACGUCAACGAGGCUGCCACGACGGACCCUCGCGUGAAGGCAGACGUGCGCGACUUCGUAAUCACCGUGCCGUGCUACUACACCGCGGAGCAGCGCCGCCUCGUGUACCAGGCAGCUGAGGUGGCAGGGCUGCACUGCAUGUCCCUCAUUAACGAGACCACCGCGUCAGCUGUAGACUACGGCAUCUUCCGCGGCGCCUCGCUGAAGGAGACGGAGAGUGAGGGGCAGGUGGUCGGCAUUCUCGACCUCGGCUACGGCGCCACGGACUUCUUGGUGUGCAAGUUCUGGCGCGGCAACUGCAAAGUCCUUGCCCGCACCUUCGACCGUAAUAACGGCACUCGUGACUGCGACUACUUACUCUACCAGCACAUGGUGAGCGAGGUCAAGUCCCGCUACAACGUCGAUGUCUCGGAGAACAAGCGCACUCGUCUGCGCCUGCUGCAGGCGUGCGAGCGUCUCAAAUAUCUUCUGUCAGCGAACCAGUCGGCGCCGCUGAACGUCGAGAACUUGAUGGACAUUGACGUCAACAUUCCAUCCUUCGAGCGUGCCACAAUGGAGUCGCUCUGCCAAGGUGUUCUCCAGCGCAUCAAGAAGGUGAUGGAGCGCGGCUUUGCCGAAUCAGGUGUUAACCGCGAUGACUUCCACUCCAUUGAAAUGAUCGGCGGUGGCUGCCGCAUCCCGAUGAUGAAGAAGUUGGUGGAGGAGGUGCUCGGUCGCGCGCCUAGCUUCACUCUGAAUGCGUCCGAGACGACGGCGCGCGGGUGCGCCAUUGUGGCGGCCAUGCUCUCGCCGAAGUUCCAGGUGCGUGAGUUCAAGGUCUCGGAGCUGCCAACGUACCCGAUUCUGCUGGGCUACUACGCCGAGAAUCCGCGCUCCCCCAGCUCCGUGCCGUUCCUGCCGCAGGUGAACAAGGUCGUGAAGCUGCUCGGGGCGGCAGACAGCUACCCGAAGAAGCUGGAUGUGCGCUUCCCAUGCUCGAGUGCGCCGAGGAUUUACGCCUUCUACGAUUACGAAAAUGAGGGGGUGAAGGAGAUUGUGCAGUCCUGCAACUACGUCAUUGGUGAGUGGGAGAUUGGCAUGCCUUCGAAGUCGAAGGGCGCGGUGAACGAGAUGCGUGUCCGCAUCUGCAUCCAACCGGAUGGCCUGGUGGAACUGGAGAAGGCUGAGGCGAUCGACGUAUUCGAGGUGGAGGAGGCACCGGCGCCGGCUGCUGCCCCUGCCGCUGAGAACGGCGAGGUUCCGGCGAAAGAGAACGAGGAGGCGCAGGCCGAUCCACCCAAGCCGGUCAAGAAGAUGAAGGAGGCUGCGAUUGGUGUGCCGGUGAAGCCAAAUCUUGAGGUUCUUGGCCACUGCAGCGAGUCUGUCGUCCGUUUCCGGAAGGCCGAGGAGGAGAUGCACGAACGCGACUCCUGCAUCGUCCGUACACGCGUAAAGAAGAACGAGCUGGAGAGCUACAUCCUCGACUACCGCCCUCGCUUCUUGCCGGGUGGCAUGCUGGUCGAGUACGCCACGGCCGCUGCGGCGGCCGACUUCGUACGCCAGUGCGACGCGGAUGAACAGUGGCUCUAUGAGGACGGCGAGACUUCGACGUACGAUGAGUACGAGCGCCGCGUACAGACAUUGCGUGCGAUCGGUGACGCCGCGCACAGUCGCCUUCGCAAUCGCGAAGAAGUCGAGUUCGCGGCGAAGGGCUUCCGUGCCCGCAUGGCGGCUGUCCAGCAGAAGGCGCUCGACUUCAUUGGCAAGAAGGAGCACAUCACAGAGGAGGAGCUGAGGGAAGCAGCCGCCACAGCCGAGGCAGCGUGCUUAUGGGUGGACCAGCAGAUUGCGGCGAUGCAGGCUGCACCUAAGACGCAGGAGACGAUUGUGUCGAAGACAGAUCUCGAGAAGAAGGCAUCGGGGGUGGAACAGGGAAUCGCCAAAGUCAUGAAGAAGCCGGCCCCACCGAAGCCGAAGGAGGAGGCGGGGAAAGCUGAGGAGGACGCGGCAGCUGAGGCGGCGGCGGCGGCUGCUGAGAACGCGCCACAGCAGGAAGGUCCUGAGGAGAAAGCGCCUGAGCAGACGAACGCGCCGGUCCUGGAUUAA